CCAUGUUGAAGGGUAUACGGCGGGUUAAAGCAUCACCAGUCACCACCGCUCUUCCCUGCAGUCGCGCUGCGCGCCCUGUUUUUCUCUUAUUCUCUGCCACUAUUUUUUCAGAUUAUAUGUGUAUGUGAGAGUGUUAAGCAAUGGCAAGAGGCCAUGCUUCGUCUCUGGUUUGCGUUUUUGCUUCUAAGAAAAACGUUUCUAGGAUUAGGGUAUUGCUGAGUAAUCAAUAUCUCACUAGUCUCGCUCAACGUGACCGUUUGAUAACUCAAAAUUCUUCUCCGACUCCUCCUUUUAAAGUUCCGAACCGUUCAUUUUUUACGGGUUUGAUUGAUAAAAAUCGUCUUGGAUUACUCUCCCAAAGAGAUAGUUUUCUGGGUAGUGAUGCUUUUGAUAUGAAGCCCUUUUCUUCGGUUGUGGAUGACGAGGACGAAGAUUUGAAUGGUGAAAGUGAAAGUAAUACGGCGUUCGUUGAUUCAGUCUCUGAGUUUGAUGCGGACGUGGGGCAAAGUAUUGACCUUGAGCAUGAACUUGGGGGCAAUGUGAAUGCUUAUGAUUCGGUCAUUUCCAACGAAGAAGAAGAUGAUGAUGACGAUGAUGAUGAGUUUGAUGAGAAUUGUGAUUCGACAAUUGUUGAGUUGGAUAAUGGUAAGGGUUAUGUUCAUGUUCAGUAUCGUGACGCUGUCGAAUUGUAUCGAGAGCUUCGCAAUGCUGAAAAGGGUGCGAAGCAGAGACGGUCUGACUGGGAUACUCUCAGAGAAAUAUUUAGUUUGUUGGGAAAGUCAGGUUGGGCAUCUGAUCAAGCUCUUGCCAUUUACAUUGGCAAAGCUUUUUUCCCUACUGCUGUGCAAAAGUUUAGGAACUUUUUCUUUAAGAAAUGUUCAGCUGAUGUUGCCAAGUAUUUGGUGACUCUGGGCCCAUCAGAUGCUGCUGUUAAGUUCCUGUUCCCAAUAUUUAUUGAGUUUUGCUUAGAAGAAUUUCCUGCUGAGAUCAAGCAGUUUCAGAGUAUGAUUCAGGCGGCUGAUCUCACUAAGCCACACACAUGGUUCCCGUUUGCGCGAGCUAUGAGACGUAAGAUCAUAUAUCACGUUGGUCCAACCAACAGUGGUAAAACUUAUAAUGCCUUGCAGCAAUUUAUGGAGGCAAAGAAAGGUAUUUAUUGCAGUCCUCUCAGAUUAUUGGCUAUGGAAGUUUUUGACAAGGUGAAUGCGCUUGGGGUGUAUUGUAGUCUUCUUACUGGUCAAGAAAAGAAGCAUGUUCCAUUUUCAAAUCACAUUGCUUGUACUGUGGAAAUGGUGUCGACAGAUGAAUUGUAUGAUGUUGCUGUUAUUGAUGAAAUCCAGAUGAUAGCAGACCCACAUAGAGGUUAUGCAUGGACACGUGCAUUGCUUGGACUGAAAGCUGAUGAGAUACAUUUGUGUGGAGAUCCAAGUGUUCUGAAUAUUGUUCGCAAGGUCUGUUCUGAAACUGGGGAUGAGUUGUGUGAGCAGCAAUACGAGAGAUUUAAACCAUUGGUUGUUGAAGCAAAGACACUCCUAGGUGAUCUUAGAAAUGUUCGGUCUGGAGAUUGUGUGGUUGCAUUUUCUAGAAGAGAGAUAUUUGAGGUUAAAUUGGCUAUUGAGAAGCACACUGAUCACAGAUGUUGUGUAAUAUAUGGUGCUUUGCCACCAGAAACUCGCAGGCAGCAAGCAAAUUUGUUUAAUGAUCAAGAUAAUGAAUUUGAUAUCCUUGUUGCAAGUGAUGCAGUGGGAAUGGGUUUGAAUCUUAAUAUCAGGAGGGUUGUAUUCUAUACCCUCUCAAAAUUCAAUGGUGAUAAGGUUGUUCCAGUUCCAGCUUCCCAGGUGAAGCAGAUUGCUGGAAGAGCUGGUCGGAGGGGAAGCCGCUAUCCUGAUGGACUUUCGACCACAUUGCAUUUAAGUGAUCUAGAUUACUUGAUUGAGUGUCUGAAGCAACCUUUUGAUGAUGUUAAGAAACUGGGUCUCUUUCCUUUCUUUGAGCAGGUAGAGCUGUUUGCAGGGAAACUCCAUAAUUCUUCAUUCUGCCAGCUCCUUGAAAAAUUCGGUGAGAAUUGCCGUCUUGAUGGAUCAUAUUUCUUGUGUCGACAUGAUCAUAUCAAAAAGGUUGCAAAUAUGUUGGAGAAGGUCCCUGCGUUAUCUCUUGAGGAUCGAUUCAAUUUUUGUUUUGCCCCUGUUAACAUUAGGGACCCGAAGGCUAUGUUUCAUCUUCUGAAGUUUGCUUCCUCAUACGGUCAGAGUAUUCCAGUCAAUAUUUAUAUGGGCAUGCCAAAGGGUUCUGCUAGCAAUGACAAAGAGCUCUUGGAUCUUGAGACCAAGCAUCAAGUUUUGUCUAUGUAUCUGUGGUUGGCACAACACUUCAAGGGAGAUAAUUUUCCGUAUGUGAAGAAAGUUGAGGCAAUGGCGACAGAUAUUGCUGACUUAUUGGGGAAGUCUCUUGUUAAAGCUAAUUGGAAACCUGAGGCAAGAAAUGCAGGGAAACCAAGGCCCCAACAGAAGGCAGAUGGUUAUGAGAGGCCAUUGUCACUUAUUAAACAAUUUGAUCAGGAAAGACAUGAAAAGUUCAUACAACACAAGCAGUCAGAGAAAGUAGUUGCUUAGCUUGGGGCCGGUGCUAAUUAUUUGUAGCUGACUGAUUCAACGUUCACAACCAUCGAGGCUUAGCUAGUCAAGCUUAGUCUAUGGGUGCUUCUUCCAUUUCACGGAGACAGCUUUACCCUUUAAAUUAAGUUAACCACACUAUAUUUUCAAUUACUUAUUGUAUUUUAGAUUGCGUGAGGAUAGACUAGCUUGUAAAGUGAAAUUUUUGUAGUCGAAAUCUUAGAUAGAGCGUAAUAACAUGUAUUAUCAAGAACAGUAGGGUGCUAAAGUAUUUUUUCAUCAGCAGGUUGUGCUAGCUGAAUGCAAGUCAAUGUUCAUUAGACAAGAUAAACACAAUUUUGAUUCGAAAGUACUAAAGAAAAGAUUUUAUUUA